AGUCUGCGCCCACUUGUCCUCGGGUCUGCCCUGCCGCCAGCCGCGAGCCACUGCCCUCCUGCCGCCCACCAUGGCCCUGCUGCACUCUGGUCGCGUCCUCUCCGGAGUCGCCGUCGCCUUCCACCCAGGCCUCGCCGCCGCGGCUUCUGCCAGAGCCAGCUCCUGGUGGGCCCAUGUGGAGAUGGGGCCUCCGGAUCCCAUUCUGGGAGUCACUGAAGCUUUUAAGAGAGAUACCAACAGCAAAAAGAUGAACCUGGGAGUUGGGGCCUACCGGGAUGACAAUGGAAAGCCCUAUGUGCUCCCUAGUGUCCUGAAGUUGAAGAUUUUGAUCCGUCCCAUGUAUUCCAACCCCCCUCUCCAUGGGGCCCGGAUUGCCUCGACCAUCUUGACCACGCCGGAGCUUCGGAAACAAUGGUUGCAGGAAGUCAAAGGCAUGGCAGACCGCAUCAUCGGCAUGCGGACCCAGCUGGUCUCCAACCUCAAGAAGGAGGGCUCCUCCCACAACUGGCAGCACAUCACUGACCAAAUUGGCAUGUUUUGUUUCACGGGGCUCAAGCCUGAACAGGUGGAGCGCCUGACCAAGGAGUUCUCCAUCUACAUGACAAAGGACGGCCGCAUCUCUGUGGCUGGAGUCACCUCUGGCAACGUGGACACAGAGACCUCUCACUAG